GUCCUCAUAGGCAGGCGUAGUAGGAUCAUUCUCGGCACUGACCCAGUAGAGAAGAUCCUCCGAAGAUACGCUAACGACCCGGCUGGAGAUAUGCUGGAGACCUUAUGCAAAGCUUGCGUUGAGCAGACCUCCCCUGACGAUGGUCAUGUGACAGGCGCAGACCGUCAGGCCCUCUUUGAUGAUCUUUGGCUCACUUUGGCCGACGGCGUCUCUGCUACCAUGGCCGAGACCACUCUAAGCAGCUUAGAUGCCGCUAUUGUUCUCAAGUGCUUCAUCUACUGCGAUCGGACGCCUCCAGAGCCACUCUUGUUGAAGUUACUGCGGCGUGUGGCUGGUCGUGGCUCACAGGGCUUCUCGGAGUACGGCCUGGUCUAUGCCAUGCAGGCCGUAGGGAAGCUACCCACCCUCGAUGAGGAGGUUGCUGGGGUCCUUGGGAGCAUUUUAGCUCUGGGUCGUCGAAGCCUGAAGGCAAUGGAGGUUGGCGUGCUUGGUCACGCCUUUGCGGCCGCCAGUGUGUUGAUGGUUAAAGAGGCCUUGCCCAAGUCUCUAAAAGUAGGGCAACUCCUGAUGAGCAUCUGUGAGGAACUGGAGGCCCGGUGUGGGUCGAAGGACAGUUUCAACAUGUCCACUGUAGAG